AUGGCUCGCUGUCGGGGCAGCGGCUCUCUGUGGCUCCUGGCGCUGGCGGCGGCGUGCCUGCUGCAUCGCGCCCAGGUGAGGAAGCCGGUGCGGUGUCCCGCCAUCUGCAGCUGCACCAAAGAGUCCAUCAUUUGCGUCGGAGCGGCGGCGGUGCCGCGGAGCCCCGGAGACAUCAGCUCCUUGAGCCUGGUAAAUGGAACAUUUUCUGAAAUAAAAGAGAGAAUGUUUUCACAUUUGCCUUCCCUGCAGUUGCUACUGCUGAAUUCUAACUCAUUUACUAUCAUACGGGAUGAUGCCUUUGGUGGUCUGUUCCAUCUCGAGUACUUAUUUAUUGAAGGAAACAAGGUAGAAGCCAUUUCAAGAAAUGCAUUUCGUGGCCUUCGAGAUUUGACACACCUUUCUUUGGCCAAUAACCAGAUUAAAGCUUUGCCAAGGGAUGUCUUCAGUGAUUUAGAUUCUCUGAUUGAACUAGACUUAAGGGGAAACAAGUUUGAAUGUGACUGCAAAGCCAAGUGGUUGUUUUUGUGGUUAAAGAUGACCAAUUCCACUGUUUCUGAUGUCCUGUGUGUUGGUCCAGCAGAAUUUCAGGACAAGAAGUUAAACGAUGCCUCAAGUUUUGAUGAUGAAUGCACCACUACAGAUUUUGUGGUUCAUCAGAUUUUACCCUACCAGUCAGUUUCAGUGGACACAUACCACUCAAACAAUGAUGUGUAUGUCGCCAUUGCCCAGCCCAGCAUGGAAAAUUGCAUGGUGCUAGAAUGGGAUCACAUUGAGAAGAACUUCAGGAGUUAUGACAACAUUACUGGUCAGUCCAUAGUGGGAUGCAAAGCGAUCUUGAUUGAUGAUCAGGUUUUUGUGGUGGUGGCUCAGCUUUUCGGUGGCUCACACAUUUAUAAGUAUGAGGAAGGCUGGACAAAGUUUGUCAAAUUCCAAGACAUAGAAGUUUCCCGUAUUUCAAAGCCGAAUGACAUAGAACUCUUUCAGAUAGAGAGUGAAACCUUUUUUGUCAUCGCAGAUAGCUCAAAAGCUGGUCUGACGACAAUUUAUAAAUGGAACAACAAGGGGUUUUACUCUUACCAAUCCUUGCAUGAAUGGUUCCGGGACACAGAUGCUGAGUUCGUUGAUAUAGAUGGAAAAUCUCAUCUAAUCCUGUCAAGCCGCUCACAGAUUCCCAUUAUCCUUCAAUGGAACAAAAAUUCCAGAAAGUUUCUCCCACACAGUGAGAUACCCAAUAUGGAAGAUGUGUUGGCUGUGAAAAGCUUUCGAAUACAGGACAACCUCUACCUCUCACUUACAAGAUUUAUAGGCGACUCCAGAGUAAUGAAGUGGAAUAGCAAACAGUUUGUGGAAAUCCAAGCUCUGCCGUCUCGGGGAGCCAUGAUCCUUCAGCCGUUCUCCUUUAAGAAUAAUCACUACCUAGCCCUGGGAAGUGACUACACCUUCUCCCAAAUAUUCCAGUGGGAUAAUGAGAAGCAGCUCUUUAAAAUAUUCAAGGAAAUCUAUGUGCAGGCACCUCGUUCAUUCACAGCUGUGUCAACCGAUAGAAGAGAUUUUUUCUUUGCUUCCAGUUUUAAAGGCCACACGCAAAUAUUUGAACACAUAAUUGUUGACUUGAGUUUAUGAAGGAGCUGUGGGAGGGAGGUGGGAGGGGGUAUCUCAUGUACAGUGACAUUUUCACAUAAAAACAAAUAAAAAGGACAGAUUACUCAUUUCCUGAAGGUAGGAUGUGCCUGUGGCAUUAGUCAGGAGUUUUCUGAACUUUAUAGAAGUUUGCAUAUUUAAUCAGGGAUCGCAUUAACUUGGUUAAAUGCAUGCCAUGCCCAUUUUACCAUUGGUAAAGACACUUUAAAGCCUAUAAUUACUCAGAAAAAAAGUGUGCAAUGCAUUAGAAUUAAUUCUAACACAUCUACAACAUUGAUGUAAAAUCGAGAAUGGAGAUGGGAAACCAAAAGAGGCAGGAUAGCCGCGUGUAGAAAGAAAAGAAGAGGAAAUAACUCCAGUGUGCCAAUCCUCCUGUGAGCUGAUCUUGGCAGAACCCAUAUUUACGGACUAACUCCACAUGCUUGUUUGGGAUUUGUAAAAGUUGGCAUCGAGAUGAAAAUGCUGUUACAUCGUCUUUGCUUCAUGCUAGUCAAGGAAGGCUGCAAGAAAAGGAGCUCUGCUGGUUGGCCUCUGAAGCAACUGUGAUAGGAGGAGCCUCUAGACAGCACCGUCUUUUCAAUGCUCAGUCUGAUUUAGGGGAGGAGGAAAGAGUGGACAUGUGAUCUGUUCCCUAAAUCUCUCCCAGGCGGCUAGUUCACAGCAGCUCCACAUUCAGUACUUCAUCUGAACUAACCCAACCCAUCUCUGCUACUAUUUAUGGCCUGCCCACUUGUUUUGGAAGGCGUAUAGCUGCUGCCAACCCAAAUCUCUCAGAUAAUGUUUAGUAAAAGAAGCAAGUGGUGUGAUGCCACCACAUCCAGAAUUUCCUACUCCCCGUUCUUUUUAACGUUGGCUGUUCCCACACAUGGACCUGGAUCUAGCCAAAGGUAAACUUUUCAAAGUACAGUUGAUUUCACUGGGACAGAACUACACAUGUGCUUCAUUCCCCCAUUGAAAGACUUGCUAAUAUUUGGCAGGAUCAGAUCAUGCCCUGUUAAUUCUGCCUAAUUCCUUUCAUUUGCUUCCUGAUUACUUUGGACAAGGCCCCCAAGAUGUGACCACGAGAACUGGUGUUUUGGUAAUUUUCAUGCUAUUGGCCAAUUUGUGCUUUCGGUUUGUUUGCCCAUGUUGUUUAAUGCAUGCUUUAAAGAAUCUCCCGUGCAAAGCUCACACAAUCUGAAUGGCCUUUUCAUUAAAAUGUGGACCGCCUGAUCAGGUGACAGUGCCACAGAGGUGAAGACUGCGUGCAAGAACCAGCUCAGCUUUCAGCUGUUAAACAUUCUGGGAUUUAUUGUAAAAAGGGUUUGUAUGCAUUUAGUUCCCCAUAUUAAAACAGUGAAAUGCACAGCUAUACUGACAUUCAGUGGUUUCAGGAUGAUGGGGUGGCAGUGGCAGAAUCCUACCAUUCUUUU